CAUGCGCAGGUCAGCCAAAUUUGCCAUUCUGUUGUGCUUGCCUGACUGACAGCUCUAGCCCUACUAAUUUUUAAGGGAAUCUGCAGAAAGUGAGAGUCAUUUGAAAAUUGAGAUGGCAGAUACUGGUAAAGAUUACAUAACAAACAGCUCUGAUCCAAAGAACAUCCAGGAUUUAACACAAUUUGUCCAGAACCUUCUACAACAGAUGCAGGAUAAAUUCCAAGGAAUGUCGGACCAAAUUAUCAAUAGAAUUGAUGAAAUGGGGAACCGUAUUGAUGACUUGGAGAAGAAUAUUGCUGACCUUAUGACCCAGGCUGGAGUAGAGGAACGUGCAUAAGUCCAGUAUUUCAUCAUUACUUCCUGUGUGGUAUUAGAUUGUGUGCCUUAGUGAUCAGUGUGCAUUUCUCACCAGUAGACAGUGCAACUUGCAGAACAAAUGUAACCAAAAUUCAUGAAUGCAAUGUUUUGAAAAUCAGUACAUUUUACAUUGUCACAUUUCGGCUUAUUGUGUCAGCAUAAUUCUUAGGGGUAUAUAUCAAAGUGGAAUGCAUGCUUUGAAAGGUUAUUGAUCAAUUCUGAAAGAUCAUUACAACAAUUUGUUGUUUUUCAGACCAUUGUGAUAAGUGUAUUAUUUAUUUUGUGUUUUAUCAGCGAAGAAAAAAAUCACAAAUAUAUUAUAGUUUUGUACACA